AAAUCACGACCAGCUUGUAUCUUGCUUCUCGGAAUCUAUUGUCAGACCUAUUGAGUUCGUAAGGAUUUCAUAUUAUUUCUACCAGCCAGCAUACUCUGUCAGCUUAAUCGCAUAUCAGCUUGCGUUAAAGCUCAAAAGCGACUCGGACGUGACUGAAAACAAUCAAAAGAAGUCGACGCGACCGAUCAACGGCCAUGAGCUCCCUCACCAUUUGUCGGCCGUCAGCCGCGACGCUGUCGCGUCACGCCUCGCCACGUCAGCCUUCUUCCUCUCGAGACGGAAUUUCUCAACAGGCUUGUAGCGCGUCCAGUGCUAGUUCCUUAAACGGGGCGAACGGGAGAGUAACUAUCAGAGCUCCUUUGUCGCGCUCUGUCGGCUACCGCGUCGCUGACGUGUCCGGCUGUCGGUCGGAGCGCGCCACACGUGCUGCAGCUUCCUCCUCUUCCUCGUCGUCGCCCGCCUUCUCCGUCGCCGACGUGUCAGCGCCGCUUUCCCUCACCUACCUCGAAGGCAACAGUUGGCUGUGGUCGGUGGAUGGUGUGAAAGUGCUGGUCGAUCCAAUCAUCGAGGGCCCUCUGGAUUUCGGCAUCCCGUGGCUCUAUUGCGGGUACAAGAAAGUGCUCAAGUCGCUCAAGCUUGAUGACGUCAUCGAUGCUGACUUGGUGCUCAUAACCCAAUCCCUGGACGACCACAUGCAUGCGAGGACGCUCAAGGCGUUAGCAGCCAGGCGGCCGGACGUGCCCAUCAUCGCCACACCCAACGGCCAGGCGUUUCUGGACUCGCUCUUCUCCAAUGUCACAUACCUCGAGCCCGGUUCCUCCACCUCCUUCUCUUCGUCCAAGGGAACCAGGCUGACAGUCAAGGCCCUGCCUGGGCCUGUGCUGGGACCCCCCUGGCAGCGACCAGAGAACGGGUAUAUUGUUCGAGGGGCGGCAUCAGGAGCAUCCAUCUACAUUGAGCCGCACUGUGUGUUUGACGAAGCAGCUCUUAAGGAGGGUGGGGAGCGAGUGGAUGUACUUGUAACACCGGUGGUGAAACAGGAGUUACCGGGUUACACCCUUGUGUCGGGACAGGAGGAUGCUGUGAGGCUGGCGAAGGUGGUGGGCGCCAGAUAUGUGGCCCCUAUGGCUAAUGCUGAUGUGAACGCAAGUGGGAUAUUGAGUGCUCUUGUAACGCCCAAUGGAACUCUCGAUUCGUUCAAGGCAAUACUGCAGUCAGAGGUAACUGGGGUAGGAGACAACGUGGAAGUCUUGUCGAUCAUUCCUGGCCAACCUAUCAAGGUGACCUUGUAGAGCCUAAGGAUAUGGAGAGGACAUAAAUAUUUUUGAUAAGUUCUGCUCAUUUGUAUGUAAGCACACCCGGUUUGACAUCCAAUAUUUCAUCGCGAUGAAAGUAUUAUGGUGGUGUAUGCUUUUGUGUUGUUGCGCCAGAGUGUGUUUCUGUUAAAUUAUAUGUUGAGUUAUAUAAUUGUUAGGCUUGGUAGGUUACCAAACUUUACUGUAGAGGGUA